UGGUGGUGGUGGUGGAGAAGAGAAGAGGAGUUCAAGGCAAAGAGGUGAGAGGAGAAGAUCUUCAAAACCAAAUCCAAGACUGAGUAAUCCACCAAACAAUGUUCAUGGUGAGCAGGUGGCAGCAGGGUGGCCCUCUUGGCUUUCCAAGGUUGCUGGUGAAGCCAUCAAUGGAUUGACCCCUAGGAGAGCUGACACUUUUGAGAAGCUUGAUAAGAUUGGGCAAGGUACAUACAGCAAUGUUUACAAGGCUAGGGAUACUUUAACCGGAAAAAUUGUUGCCCUAAAGAAAGUCCGUUUCGACAAUUUGGAGCCCGAGAGUGUGAAAUUCAUGGCCAGGGAGAUUCUGAUCCUGCGUCGCCUGGAUCAUCCCAAUGUCGUCAAAUUGGAAGGUCUAGUGACUUCUAGAAUGUCAUGUAGCUUAUAUCUUGUCUUCGAAUACAUGGUGCAUGAUUUGGCUGGACUCGCUACAAAUCCAGCGAUUAAGUUCACAGAGCCUCAGGUUAAAUGUUACAUGCAGCAACUAUUUUCGGGGCUGGAACAUUGUCACAACCGUCAUGUGCUGCAUCGUGAUAUAAAGGGAUCAAACCUUCUUAUUGACAAUGAUGGAGUUCUUAAAAUUGCUGAUUUUGGAUUAGCAUCGUUCUUUGAUCCUCAUCACAAGCAUCCUAUGACCAGUAGAGUGGUGACUUUAUGGUAUCGUCCUCCCGAACUUCUUCUCGGGGCCACCGAAUAUGGUGUCGGAGUGGACCUUUGGAGUGCUGGCUGCAUUCUUGCUGAAUUGUUGGCCGGAAAGCCAAUUAUGCCUGGUCGAACAGAGGUGGAACAGCUACAUAAGAUAUUUAAGCUAUGUGGUUCUCCUUCUGAUGAAUAUUGGAAAAAAUCAAAGUUGCCACAUGCAACAAUUUUUAAACCCCAACAAUCGUACAAGCGGUGCAUAGCAGAUACUUUUAAAGAUUUUCCGCCGUCAUCCCUUCCACUUAUUGAGACCCUUCUUGCAAUCGAUCCAGCAGAGCGUCUGACUGCCACUGCUGCAUUGCAUAGUGAAUUCUUUACAACAAAACCUUAUGCUUGUGAUCCCUCAAGUCUUCCAAAAUAUCCUCCCAGCAAGGAGAUGGAUGCAAAACUACGUGAUGAAGAAGCUAGAAGAUUGAGAGCAGCUGGUAAAGCUAAUGCUGAUGGUGUCAAGAAAUCCCGACCACGCGAUAGAAUUGGCAGGGGAAUUCCAGUUCCAGAGGCUAAUGCUGAAUUGCAAGCAAAUAUUGAUGUAUGUCAGAUAAG